AUGACUAAGACCAAGGAGAUGUCUGUGGGAGCUGAGGCCAUAGCACUGAAGUGUGGGAAAUCUUUUAGGAGAAAGGGUACACUCCUUGACCACAAGAGAAUUCACACUGGAGAAAAGCCACAUGAGUGUACUGAUUGUGGGAAGUCCUUCAGAUUAAGCUUACACCUCUCUGAACACAAGAGAAUUCACAGUGGGGAAAAACCUUUUGAAUGUAGUGACUGUGGGAAGUUGUUUAGACUAAAGGGGAACCUCAUUCAACACCACAGAGUCCAUACCGGAGAGAAGCCGUAUCAGUGUAGUGUGUGUGGAAAGUCCUUUAAACAAAGAUGUUUGCUAACAGACCACCACAGAAGUCACACUGGAGAAAAGCCGUAUGAAUGUAGUGAGUGUGGAAAGUCCUUUAGACAAAGACGUUCGCUCAUGGAGCACCACAGAAGUCACACUGGAGAAAGGCCCCAUGAGUGUUAUAAAUGUGGGGAAUGUUUUAGAUGGCAACCUAGCCUUGUUAGACAUCUGAGAGCUCACACUGGAGAAAAGCCAUAUGAGUGUAGUGAUUGUGGAAAGUCCUUCAGGCAAAGCUCUCAGCUCACAGAACACCACCAUAUUCACACUGGAGAAAAACCCUAUGAGUGUACUGAUUGUGGGAAAUCUUUUAGGAGAAAUAGUAAGCUCCUUAUCCACAAGAGAGUUCACACUGGAGAAAAACCCUAUCAGUGUACUGAUUGUGGAAAGUCCUUCGCGAGAAGCUGUCACCUCUCUGAACACAAGAGAAUUCACAGUGGCAACAAACCUUUUGAAUGUAGUGACUGUGGGAAGUUCUUUACACGAAAGGGGAACCUCCUUCAACACCAUAGAGUUCAUACCGGAGAAAAGCCGUAUGAAUGUAGUGAUUGUGGAAAGUCCUUUAGACAAAUACGUUCGCUCAUGGAGCACCACAGAAGUCACACUGGAGAAAGGCCCCAUGAGUGUUAUAAAUGUGGGGAAUGUUUUAGAUGGCAACCUAGCCUUGUUAGACAUCUGAGAGCUCACACUGGAGAAAAGCCAUAUGAGUGUAGUGAUUGUGGAAAGUCCUUCAGGCAAAGCUCUCAGCUCACAGAACACCACCAUAUUCACACUGGAGAAAAACCCUAUGAGUGUACUGAUUGUGGGAAAUCUUUUAGGAGCACUAAUACUCUCCUUUACCACAAGAGAGUUCACACUGGAGAAAAACCUUAUGAGUGUACCGAUUGUUGGAAGUCCUUCAGGAGAAGCUAUGACCUCUCUGAACACAAGAGAAUUCACACUGGUGAGAAACCUUUUGAAUGUCGUGAUUGUGGGAAGUUCUUUAGACGAAAGUCCAAGCUUAUUGAACACCACAGAGUUCAUACCGGAGAAAAGCCGUAUGAGUGUAGUGAGUGUGGAAAGUCCUUUAGUCAAAGACGUUCACUCAUGGAGCACCACAGAAGUCACACUGGAGAAAAGCCGUAUGAGUGUAGCAAAUGUGGGAAAUGUUUUAGCAGCAACCCUAGCCUUGUUAGACAUCUGAGAGUUCACAUUGGAGCAAAGCCUUAAAUGUGCAGAGGAAGUUUUAUCUUUCUCACCCUACACCACUGCAGUAUAACCAUUUACCUGAGUAUAACCCCCUUUUAUCUGAGCAUACACUGCAAAAUUCCUCAUAAGUUUGAGGUGUAAGUGAAGCCUGAAAGAGCUGCAUUGCACUUGCUAACUUCCCAGCACUCCUGCCUCAUGGAUGUCACUGUGAGGAUUUGUGGCUGAAGUGACCUCCUCUACCACCUGGCUCACUGAACAGUGUGCACCCGUCACCACCCCUGUGUGCUCAGGGAAAAGGAAUUCUGUGUUCUUCCUUCUGCUUGAGAAACUUAUGAAUACUUUCAGCUCUUGACUGUAUCUUCGUUCUUUUCUCUCUGACUGGAGAAUUGACCUGACUCAGGUUUCAUCCAGAGCACCCAUCCUCAGCUAAGAAGUGCUACCUCUCACAGGGACAUUGUGGUUCUCACAUUAUGCUGUGGGGAAUUGUUCCAGGUUCCUAUUCACCAUCCUGCUGUCCUUUGCUCUGGUUUAUGAUCUUUCUUAAAGGGUUUUUUUUUUUCUUUUGUACCUCUAAUUCUGUUGGUUCUUUUAAUUCCUUGGGAUGAUUGAAAGGAAAAUAGUGCUUUGUCAGCAUGGAGAGGUGAACAGAUAUGGUGGGUCCCAAACUUCUUGUGCUUUGGAAAGCACAGCAUGAUAUCAGAACAGCACUCUUUGUCCAAUAUUGGCCUAUUUUAUGUUGCUGAACAAGGCCCUGAGAGAAAGUGUGCAUGCCUUUGUGGUUCUGAUUUGCAGCCUGGUGCCUCUAUUAUUGGUGAUGUCAUGGUCACCCAGAAAAGGAGGCCUUUGUUGUGCCUCUGUGAACAAUAUGAAAAGUAUUCUCUAUUCCCAGCAUUUAUUACAUAAUUCUCAGCAAUGUUUCAGGGCAUUCUUACCCACAUACUGUAAAGGAGCCAGGUAAUAUAAUAUAUAAAAUGUCAUAGGCUGAUGCCAUUGGUUUU